AUGAUGCAGAAUGACCCCACCAUUUCACGGCUGCCCAAAAGUUCCCUUGGAUGGGUUUUCCUAGACUCCAGCCCACAGACUUCAGGAGACAAAGAAAAACCAUACCCCAAGACCCUAGCGCAUCCCACAUCCCCAGAUACCCUUCUCCAACACAAUAUUAGCGUACUCCGUUACCCAGCCACAAUCCCACACGUGGUACUUCCCACGCCACACGUUAGAGCCACACCCCCGAUCCUGCCUCAUCCCACGCUACACCCACACAAUGCUCGCUCUACACGCUUCACCUUGCGUUGCUACGGUCGCCUACAGUGCUCUUGGGUCACACCCCCACCCAAAAGCCUUAAGGCCCGGCCCCAAAUUCAAGCGCAGCCAAGGCUACAUCCCCACGCAAGAGCCUUUAGCCUCCGCGUUAUAGCACCUGGGGUCACGCUCCCACGGUGGGACCCACCCCCACCCCCGCCCCUGCCCAGGCCCCCGGCCAGGGUCCCUGCUCCUGGCCCAACCCACACAAGGCAGGUCCAUCCCUCCACCGGACUCUGUACACCAGUCGAACACCUAAGGCUCCGCGAAGAAGGCUGCCAGGCGGCCCAACCCACCUGCUGCGCAGCGUUGCCCCACGGGCUCGCGCAGCCUCGAACACCGAGCAGCGAUGGCGGCCCGCCGCAGUACGCGUGCGCGGCCUGCAGCGCUGUAAACUGCGACCCCCAGCGUGCCGCGGGGCCGUUCGCCAGACCUGGGCGGGGCGAAGCUGCUGUGACUGCACCGCCAGUCAAUCAGAAAAACGCUGUCUCCGCUUCGCCUCCACGUGCGCUAGCGUCACUUCCGAUGCCAUGGCAACGCAGUAAACAAUCGCACACCCCCACCCCCAAAAAGGAGUCUAGGACCACCCGAACCUGAGAGGCGGAGACAAAGACUGGAGUACACAAGCUUAAGAAACAAAAACUCGCGGGCACCUUGAGACCCAAAGACAGUAAAGGGAAGAUCUAGUCUAGAAGAUGAGACAGAAACUAAGAUGGAGACCUACCAUGGGGAUCCAGCACAAAUGAAGACUCAAGACUAUGAACAGUCAAGAAACAAGUGCACAGACCUACUGUGGGCAGACAAAGCUAAAAACCCACUGUAGUGAAACACCCUGAGGCAAGGCUUCAAAGAGGAAAAGACAGGGACUAAGGCACUGAACAGACUAGCUGAAAGUAGUUUCAGAGAGGAAACUGAAUUCAAACACCUUACCAAAUUUUUAGUGGAUUUGUUUGAGUAACAAGACAAAAAGGAGGAAGAGGAGGCUGCUUCUGCAGAGAUGGGAAGGGAGCUGCUUUCCACAGCAGAGCUUCUGGAAGUCAUUUUGUUCGUCUGGCAUGGUUUUUAAAAUGUGUAGCUGAACUACUUACCACCGAAAACGUUGUUAUUCUUUAUUUACACAAAAAACACUUAAUUAUGUUCUGAUAAUUUUAACUGAUACCACAAUCGGAAUGGUUUCACUACUCCUUUUUAAUAAUCACACCCCACGACCACCUCUGACCCCUGAUUUGUGGUCCCUCAGUGCAGAUUUGUCCCUACGGAUUUCAUAUAAAUAUAAUCCUAUAGCACAGUGCCUUUUGAGAUACUCUUUAACUGUACAUAAUUCCUUUGGAAUCCAUUAAUAUGUGUGUUUGCUCCUUGUUACUGCUUAAAAUUCGAUAAUGUACAAGUUUAAACAUUCACUAGUUGGGCUUGCUUCCAAAUUUUUGGUAUUUAAUAAAUGCUAUGAAAAUUCAUAUUCAAGUUUUUGUGUGAACAUUACUCACGACACAGUUGCUAUGUCAUGAAGUAAGCAAAUGCUUAAUGUUAAAAACUAAACCAAUGAAAAACUGCCGUACCCUUUUCUAGAGCUGUGCUGUUUUACACUUCCAUCACCAAUGUAUAUAUGAAUCCAUUUUUCCACAAUCUUGCCAGCUGUUGGUGGUUAUCAGUCUUU